GCGAUUGCAACCGAUUACGGUAUCCUGAAAGAUAGCCACGUUCCGGUUAAAUAUAUUUAUUCACUGAAUGACCCAACGGAUCACAAAGGCCACAUUACUCUCGGUCCACUAGUUUGCUCUGGCAGUGCUGGCCGCUCGCGUGGUUAUACGAUGAGCAUUCGAAAUCGUCGCAGUGCGGUAUCGGUUGGUGCUUGGAAAGGUCAUUCUCUGAGCUUCGAAUUUCGAACUUAUCUAGAAAAUGCCACAAUUGUGACCUCGAAUGAUGGAAAACUGGGGAUAUCGAUGCUCAAUCGAUCACUGCACCUGAUUUUUGACAAUCAAGUGAAUCUCACGCUCAUCCCUCAAUCAAGGUUCCAUUUAAUGUAA